AUGAACAAGCUCAAGCUUCACAUCGAGAGUGAUAACUUCACGGAUGAAAGUCACAGGACACCCGUUCGAGCCCUUCCUUCAACAUGGUACACUUCUCCCGAGAUGUUCGAGCUCGAGAGGCGCGCUGUCUUCUCCAAGAAGUGGCUUCUUGUCACACAUCAGAACAGACUCGCCAAAGCAGGAGAUUGGCUCAAGUUCAACGUUACAGGCUACGAGUUCGUUGUUACCCGUGACAGAAAGGGUGGCUUGAACGCCUUUCACAACGUCUGCCGUCACCGAGCUUUCCCAGUUGUCCAAGGUGGAACUCAAGGCAACGCGUCCAUCUUUGCCUGCAAGUACCACGGUUGGUCUUACGGUCUGAGCGGCAACCUUGCCAAGGCGCCCAACUAUGACGUUCUCGAUGGUUUCGACAAGAGCAAGAACGGUCUUUUCAAGAUCCAUCUCAAGCUUGAUGGCUAUGGCUUCAUCUGGGUCAACCUCGACAGCUCUGAUAACCCGGAGCCUUGGGCCAAGUACUUCGACGCCAUUGAUCAACAGGACAGACUCGCGAAUACCAACUUUGAGGACUAUCAGCUGGACCAUGAGUACAGCAUGGAGGGUAACUACAACUGGAAGAUCUUGGCCGAUAACUUCAACGAGUGCUACCACUGCCCCACGACGCAUCCUGAUCUUCCUACGCUUGCAGACCUUGGAAAGAUGAAGUGCGAUACUGACAAGCAAUGGAUCCAACAUUCGAGCGUUCAGACCGAGGAGCAGAAGAAGGCUGGUUUUCAACUCGCGAGCACAUAUUUCUACCCCAACGCCUCGGUCGUUGUUCUACCCCAUUUCAUGAUGAUCCAACGUUUCGUCCCCACAUCAGCAACCCACUCCUCAAUGAGCUACCAAAUCUUCCGCAACAUCAAGUCCUCUGAUGAAGACUUCCGUGCUGCCUCCGAACUGUACGCACGCGUAGUCUCGGAAGACAAAGACCUCUGCAUCGGCGCACAGAAGAACUUGGAAGCUGGUGUUUUUAUCAGUGGUGAGCUUCACCCUCGACUUGAACACGGCCCGCUUUCGUUCCAGGAUGGUCAUCGCGAUGCUAUUCAUGAGCACGUCAAGCUUGAGAAGGCAGCUGGACGACAAAUCUGGCCAGCGAGACAGAGGUUGCCUGAGGGAGAGGCUGCGAAGAAGAACCAGGAGGAUGAGGAGCUUUGUUCGAGCUUGUCUUGUGGAGGGUUGCAAGAGGUUUUGGCCUGGUAA